GGUACCCCUGGCCCUCGCCAACACCGCGCAGCCUCGGGCCCUUCGCAUCCGGAACAGUUUCCGGGGCGGACGCUUUUUGCCGCUGACCCGGCGCGCCUGGUGACGCGAAGGUCCAGACGGAAGUGCGGGCGGAGGAGCCCGAGGCGGAGGGGGUUUCGGCGGCUCUGGGCCGUGGGGGCUGCUGGGUCUGGAGGCCAUGGCGACUCUGUGGGGCGGCCUCCUGCGUCUUGGCUCUUUGCUCAGCCUGUCCUGCCUGGCGCUGUCCGUGCUGCUGCUAGUGCAGAUGUCAGACGCCGCCAAGAAUUCCGGGGAUGUCCGGUGUAAAUGUAUUUGUCCUCCUUAUAAAGAUAUUCCUGGGCAUAUUUAUAAUAGGAACAUAUCCCAAAAAGACUGCGACUGCCUUCAUGUUGUAGAGCUCAUGUCUGUGCGGGAGCCUGACAUAGAAGCGUACUGUCUACGCUGUGAAUGCAAAUAUGAGGAAAGAAGCUCUGUAACAAUCAAGGUUACCAUUAUAAUUUAUCUGUCCAUUUUGGGCCUUCUACUUCUGUACAUGGUGUACCUUACUCUGGUUGAGCCCAUACUGAAGAGACGCCUGUUUGGACACUCACAGUUAAUACAGAGCGAUGACGACGUCGGGGAUCACCAGCCUUUUGCAAAUGCCCAUGAUGUGCUGGCCCACUCCCGCAGUCGAGCCAAUGUGCUGAAUAAGGUCGAGUAUGCCCAGCAGCGUUGGAAGCUUCAAGUUCAAGAACAGCGAAAAUCUGUUUUUGACCGUCAUGUUGUCCUCAGCUAAUUGAGAAUCAAAUUCAAGGGAACUAGAAAGCAACAAGGCCGACAACUGGAAAAAAUUGACUGAGUUUUCCUGGGUUUUGUUUUAUACCCUGUUAAUUUCGCCAACUCUUGCUGGAAAAUUCAAAACCUGAAAUAAAAGUGUGCUUGGUAUUUUCCUUUGUUGUUAACAUAUUAAGAGACUUUUUUUUAAAGCACACACCAAGUCAGCCAAUAAACCUUUUCCUAUUUGUGACUUUUACAAGUGAAAAUAAGUCUUCUUGUAAGUUAUCUUGAAGUCCUUCACCUAGAAUAAAUAUUCUUUUUCACUACACAGUUUUAACUUGGUUUUCAAGAUAAUUUCCAGGUGUGUGUUCGUUGUUUUUUUUUUGUUUUGUUUUUGGCAGGGGAGGAAAGGGGUAUGUGGGAACUGCUUAAUAAAACUUUUCUCAAGUCACUUUACUAAAAAAAAACUUUUGUAAAUAGACUUUACCUUAUAUUUUCAAGUUUCAUUUACAUUUUGCAGUGUAGCCAGCCUCAUCAAAGCCCUGACUUACCCCUUUUGAAUUUUGCACUGACUGUGUUAUCUUGGUAUCUGGUUGGUGUGUGGUACACUUCAUGGUAAACUAGAUCUGAAAUGUCUGGUGGCUUCUCACAAAAUGCAAAUUUUCUUUAAGUACUGUGAUGUGUGAUGCAAUGCAUCCUGGAAUAAACUGGCUAUUUGCUACUUUAAUGACUAACAAUAGUCUUGGCAUGUGUUGUCUUUCUCAUCCCCUCCUAUCUUUAAGGAUGAAUCCUAAGGACUUGGAUACUUGCAAUAAAGAAACUUUCUUUUAAGCCCAAGCCUUGCUGAAUUGAUGGCAUAUACAUAAUUUAUCAGCAUUUCUGGGCAGGUUGAGAGAGAGCCAUUUGAGCUCCAGUGUGUGGAGCUUUGAAUGGGUACUCGUGUUCUCUGUGCCUCCCUCUGAAAGGUGUAACAGUCAUUGGAUAACUGGCUUUUUCUUCCUGUGUCAAAACCUUGGAAUGGAACAAUAAAAAUAAUUUUUGAAACACCUA